AUGGCAGCCGACCGGACCGGAACGACGCUUCAGGGACAUGACGACGUCCAUACAUCGGAUCUGGGAUUGACUCCGGAUCACGGCUGUAACAUCCCGAAGAGGCACACCCGGGUCACCGUGAAGUACAACAGGAGGGAGCUGCAGAGGCGGCUGGACGUGGAAAAGUGGAUCGACGAGAGCCUGGAUCGGCUGUACUCGGGUCAGGAAGGUGAUAUGCCAGAGGAGGUAAACAUUGAUGACUUGAUUGACCUGCCUAAUGAUGAGGAGCGUGUCAAAAAGUUACAGGAGCUUCUUCAAAAGUGCAGUAACAACACAGAGACCUUCAUCAGAGAGCUGGUGACAAAGCUGGAGGGAGUUCACAAGCAGGAAGAGUUGCAGAGUGAAGGCAUUGAGCAUCCGGUCAUCUGCCACAGCCACUACCGCCAUGAACCGUACCAUUUUAACAACCCGCACCAACACCACCACUUUCACCACACCCAAAGCCAAAACCCGACCCUCUGACAACCCAGACACACGCUCACACACACUGUCAUGACAUAAAAACAAAAAUCUCUAGGAAGAAAAAAAUCUUCUCUAAAAUUUGCCAGCCUUUUCACAGAAAUUUAGAUGAGUAGAUUGAUGCCACUCUUGUGUUUGUACACAACACAUGAACCUACAGCCAUGGGGCAAUUUACCUAGCUUAGCACAAAGACUGGAAACACUGGAAAACAGCUAUUCUGGUUCUGUCCAAGUGCAACAAAAUCCACCUACCAGCAGCUCGAAAGCUCACUAAUUAACACAUUAUAUCUUGUGGGCUUGUUAAAACAAGACUCCAGGAAGUCACUGCAACUAGCCCAAAAAUAGGCUGUUACAUAGCCGGCCAUAAAACCACAAUAUGUCAUUUUUACACUUUAGUUUUUUUAAUGAUUCAACAAGCAGGAUGUAAACAAGAGGUGUUAAUUAGAGAGCUUUAGAAGUGGUGGUUGGCAGAUUUUAUUACUUGCAUAUAGUUAGGCUAGCUGCUUCUUCCUGCUCACAGUCUUUACACAAAGCUAAGCUAAUGGCUGUUUGCAGUAGCCUUAUAUUUAACAGACACAUAUGAGCGUGGUUUCAAUUAGAAAAGCGUAUUUCCCCAAAUCAAACUUUAACCACUUAAAGCAACAGAUCAAAUUGGACGAUAAUUGGCCAAGACAUGAAAUAGAAAUAUAUUUUGAACUCAAAAGCUUAUCGAAGAGCAAGGGUUUCACUGUCAAGAUCCCAUUUAGCACAAUUAGUAAUUACAUAGGAAGAAAUACAUCAUAUAAAUAUCAUUUUUUCCUCUCACAGUAAGCCUGUCCCUUAGAGACCUUUAAUUUGCAGCAUCAAAACACGUGACUAGUACUUUUACUUGACUGGAAAAAUGUGUCACUACCUUGCUCUUACAAUUAUUAUUAUUACUCUCCAUGUACACAUAGUUGGAUGCAACAGUUUCUGGCACUAUUUGAAGUAUCUGAUGAAAGUAGAAGGAGUAGAAAGGUGAAUUUUACACAUCACAAUCUUUUUUCAGUUCAAGAUUGAACUGUACUGUGACACAGUUACAGUACGUUCGCCCUUCCACUGACUGCAUCAGCAUUUUACCUGCACCACUUUCUAAUAACACUGCUAGAUUAGAUGCACUUAUUUAACAUCUGUUAAAUUAUAAAGGUCAUGAAUGUUAUUUAUUGUCAAGUUUACAGGAAAUGGAAAUACAUUGAUCCAACAUAGCAAUAUAAUGUAACCCAGGAAAUAAUCUUGUUGCUUUGCUUACACACUGUAGCUUUUUAAAUAGUUCACUGUCAUUCAUCCCAUCUGUUUUUGAGAUGUAUAGCUACAGUUUAAUUUUUGGUUCUGCAAAGAGAUACCAGUCCUUUGCAACAAUUGCCAAUAAAACCAUUUCUUUCACUAUG